UCUGCAUGGCCGGGUCAAAGUGCGCCUUCCAUGUCAAGCUCUUCCUCGAGCGCUGGAUCGCCAUCAAACCCGCUGCGACAACAAGCCUCCGGUCAAGUGAAAGUGAAAGGUGUGAGCCGCAGCCCGCAGGAAUGACUGAAGCCAAGUCGCAAUGGAAAGAGUGUGUGGAGGCGCUGAGCGUCCUGCAGUGGGUGCUGACCUUCCUCUUCAUGGGUGUGGGCUGCCUCAUCCUGCUGGUGGCGCUGAUGUUCACCUGGCUGUGGCCCAUCUCCGCGCUCUGCUUCACCUGGCUGGUCAUCGACUGGGACACGCCUGAACGAGGGGGCAGGAGAUCUGCGUUUGUUCGGAAGUGGAAGGUUUGGGAGCAUUUCCGGGACUAUUUUCCCAUCAAGCUGGUGAAGACAGCUGAGCUGGAUCCGAAGAAGAACUACAUCCUUGGUUGUCAUCCUCAUGGAAUCAUGUGUGCUGGAGGAUUCUCCUGCUUCAGUACGGAGGGCAGCGGUUUUGCCGAGGCCUUUCCCGGGAUUCGCUCGACGCUGGCGAUACUGGCCGGGCUCUUCAAGAUCCCCAUCUUCAGGGACUACAUCAUGAGUGCAGGGCUCUGUCCGGUCAGCAAGCCCAGCCUGACCCACCUCCUGUCGAAAAGUGGCGCAGGGAACGCAGUGGUGAUCGUGAUAGGGGGUGCUGCUGAGUCGCUGGCGUCAGCUCCUGGAAUGAACACAGUGGUGAUGAAACAGAGGAAGGGGUUCGUCCGGCUGGCUCUGGAAUUCGGGGCUGACCUGGUGCCAGUUUACUCCUUUGGUGAGAAUGAACUCUUCAAGCAGGUGAUUUUCUCAGAGGGCACCAUGGGUCGGAGGCUACAGGACCUGUUCAAGAAAGUUAUGGGUUUCGCACCAUGCCUUUUUGUGGGCGAGCGGCUGGCACUGCUGCCCUACAAGACGCCCAUCACCACCGUCGUGGGGCGACCCAUCUCCGUGCCCAAACGCAUCACACCCACUGAGCAGGAGGUGGACCACUACCACGGACUUUACAUGGAGGCUUUGACCAAACUCUUUCACGAGCACAAGGUCAGCUGUGGACUCUCUGAAAGCCACAAGCUGCGAAUUAUUUGAAAGGGAUCUGAACCCAGGGACUUGGAAACCAUGUGAGAUUUUCACGGAUUGUAAACGCAGCAAAUGUCUUUGUUUCCUUCAUCAACAAUCUCCGUGCACAUUUCUCAUGUGCAGAGAAAUGUGUCAAAUAAACUUGAACUUGU